AUGGCUACUCUGAGUGUUAUAGGUUCAAGUUCACUUAUUGCUUAUGCUGUAUUCCAGAAUAUACAGAAAUCUCCAGAGAUGAGGCCACUCUUUUAUUUGAGUUUCUCUGACCUCCUCCUGGGGAUAUGCUGGCUCAUUGAAGCACUUCUCUAUGGAACUUCAACAGCCAAUAAGGACAUUGUCUGCUAUAACUUGCAAGCAGUUGGACAGAUAUUCUACAUUUCUUCAUUUCUUUACACCGUCAAUUACAUUUGGUAUCUUUACAAAGAACUAAGGAUGAAACACAGCCAUAGUGGACAGAGCACAUUUUCCAUGGUUAUAAAUAAUACUUGUCAAGUUGGUCAGAUAGCCAUUAUUUCAUCAAGUCUGAUACCUCUACUAUUGAUGAUACCUGUGUUUUGUCUGGGCAAUGCCAAUGAAUGUUACCACAACUUUAGCCAGAACCACGGGUGUAUCCUGAUGUACUCACCACCAUCAGCCAUGGCUGAACUCCUGCCUUCUGCCAACACAUCAGUCUGUAGCACACUUUACUUUUAUGGGCUCAUCGUUUUCUUAACCAGCUUUCUACUCAGCCUCUUCACCAUUGUGGUCUUACUCAUCCAAGCCCAGACUCUGUAUAAGAAGUUUGUGAAAUCAACUGGCUUUUUGGGAAGUGAACAGUGGGCAGUGAUUCACAUUGUAGAGCAGCGAGUACGCUUCUACCCAGUGGCCUUCUUGUGCUGCUGGGGCCCAGCUGUCAUUUUGAUGAUCAUAAAGCUGAUUGAGCCACAGGACACCAAGUUUCACAUGGCCCUCUAUGUACUUCAGGCUCUAACAGCAUCAUCCCAGGGUCUGCUCAACUGUGCAGUAUAUGGAUGGACACAGUACAAGUUCUUUCAACUAAAGCAAGAAUCUCGGCGUGAUGCAGACACCCAGACACCAUUAUUAUGCUCACAGAAGAGAUUCUAUAGCAGGGCCCCAGAUCCAUUUGACUCUACCCUUGCUUUUGCUACCAGCACCUCCACUACUUUUUGA